AUGCUUAUCAAGGAUAUCAUAUUCAGCGAUGACUUACAGGGCUCGCUUUCUAUUGCAGCGCAGUCCAAGCAGAUUGGCGAGGGCGAAGUCAUUGCUGCUCGGGCCGAGGCGACGCAGUCUAUGGUCAAGGCUGCCAACAACAAGAUCAUAUUCCUACCCGCAAUGAAUCAGACAGUGCAACAACCAUCUGCCGCCGACAAGCUCAGUGAAGGGCACAACGGAUAUGGCUCAACACAGGUGGGUGGCGAAUCUCGGCCUCUAAAUGCACGAGUUGUCGAAGACAUCUGUGCUUUUGCUUGGUCAUAA